CUUUUUGUAAGAAAAUUGUGUAUUUUGAAAACACUCACUUUAAAUAUUGAGAUAUCGGUUAAUUACUUAAGAGUCGCUGGAUUUUUUAGAAACAAACUAGCGCUAUUUAUAUUUUUCUACAACUGGAAUGGUCUUUUUAACAAAAUACUCGCCCGUUAGACGAAAAACAAUAAAAUUUUUACUCGCUCCUCUCUGUGUAUUUUACACGUUUAACAUGCCGAUAUCUCACUAUAAAGUGUUUUUUGUCAUCACGAUUCAACCAGAACUUGUGUGUACGUCAUUUCUGUACAUCUGAAAUGUCUAAACCAAAGGUUUUUUUAAUUUGGACAACUAGUUCUUGUAAAGUUUCAACAAUUAUUGUUUGUUAAGCAAAUUAGUUAAUAACUAUUUUAAAAAAGUUUGUGCGCGAUUUUCAUAAGGUUUAUGUGAAAAUGCACUUGUAUAAAGAUUUUUAAUAGUUUUGAAAAUGUUACUCAUUUGUACCAAGUUUAUUUGCUUUUGAAUCUGACUGUUGCUUCAUCACAAAAAUCAGAUGGAAAUUAUCAUGUAUGUAUUAACAGCCCGGUUUUUGUGAAUUUUAAAUAUUAACAUUGAUUUUGGUACAAAGGGGUUCCAAUGUAUAUAUGCACCACACAAAGAAGUUAUCAAUAAAUUUGUGUGCAGGCUGGGAUACUGCCUGGGCCCCCAAACUGAAGCAGAUGGUUUUCUUAAAGACACACUCUUCUAGCCUUUGAUCUAGAAGUCUGAUCCACAAGGUAGUGGAGCAACGCUAGGUGAUACAGUCCAAUGACAACCGAUGACCAAAAACAGGUCCAUACACCAUUUGUUCUCUGAGGACCCUGUGCAGGAAGCAAUUUCCUACAGGUUUAAUUCUGAGCUAUUCCCUAGACCGUCGAAUACAAAGUCUUGGUUUGGCUAAAGUCAGAACAAGCAAGCUGUUUGGCUAGGUAAACGUUAUCUGUUUCUAAAACAUAAAUCAACAUCGUUAGUGUACAAACAAAUAGUACGGUCUAUCAAUACAGGGAAAAACGGAGACAAAUAACAUACCGAACAGUAGCCAGAGAAUAAUAAAAAUGAGUCAACAAGCAAAUAUUGUUUUACAAUGAAAAUCAAACUGUGAUUGGUUAAUAAAGAGAUACAGUCGCACAAGGUCAAAGGGAGUUAAUGUGGUGGUGGGCGUUUCACUUUAUUAUUGAUGGGUUCGUCUAUCGAUCACAUUUUACACCCUGGAGCCCAUAUACAACACUAAUCUGAAAUCAGCGUUCUCCAACUCCCCUCAGUGGAUACUCCGUGCACACAAACCCGGUUUAAGCUCCAGAUAUUCGCUUCUAGUCCUCCCAAUUUCGUGAACUAUACGUCUGCUGCUGGAAAGUAUUGAGUAACGUAAUUGAAUGAUCGUAUUUACUGUUAAAAUUAUUUGCAUAACUUUCAAUAACAGAUUCAUCUUUCAUACCAAUCUUUGUCUCCUGUGAAAUGUCAACUAUAGUUAUGUAGUAACAGCUACCUAGUUACUGUUAUAUUACAGCAAUCAGAUUUUUUGACCAUCCUUUUUGUAUUUUAAUUUGCGCAUGUUAUCGACAAACGUUUAGAAUUUUAGAAACUAGGAAACAAAAUAUACUAGAAGGUUCUUAGCAUGUUAGCCUUCAUUACAGUUAACAGACUAACGUACUUAUUCAUUUUACUGGAAAAAAUACGAGUUUAGCAUUUACUAAGGUUUCUAUAAAAGUUUCACACGAUGAAGUAGCUUGUAUUUUAAAAAUGUUUGAUCUCUCAUUGUUCAUGAUUCUUUGUGUUCUUGUUUAAACUUGUUUUCUACAAGUGACUUUUCAAAAUACAUUUGCAGUGUCUUAUGUCGUGUUUUUGUUAAUGAUUUGUCUACAGUUACUCAUGUUAAAGACAGUAAGAUUAAAUAUUCACUCCUUUUGUUGGUGUUUGUAAACAUAAUUUAUUGACCUCGACUACUUUUUCAAACCAGUAGGAAAGUUUAUGCGAAUAAUUAGAAGAUGGAAACACUGUAUACAAUUACAUGGUUAGUUUCUAAAGUGAUUGAACUUUUCAGUAAUACAUAUUCGUAAGUUCGCUUUUAUCAUAAAAUGAUCUCUACCAACGGUUACCAUAACACCAUUUGCUUUGUUUGCGAUUAUUAUGAAUGCUUUAAAAUUGGCACAUUAUUUCUUCCGAUGUUACUGUUUUAUUCAGUGACUUGUAAUUCGGAUUUGGAUUAUGAGUCUAGUAUAUCCUUAUUAGCUGAUGAUCGUUUAGAAUGUUAGAAUUAAAACCACAUUUAAUUGUAUUCUAUUUUAUACAAAGCUUUUUUUAUGACUGAAAAUCUAAUUUAUGCACAUACUCAAUUUAAAGGAAGAGUAACAACUGUAAUUCAUUUUCUUGAUGUUAUAUAGACAAGUAUCACUAAAUAAUCUGUUGUACAUUGAAUUACUUCAUAUUCAUAUUGAUUCUUGUGUGAAUGCCUUAUGAAUUAUCCUACUGUCAUUUAGUAGUCACAAAUUGUUUCGUAAAAUGAUGAAAUUCUUAGGCCUUCUAGCUUUUUAAAUGUAGUAUUGUAAUGCAACUGUGAAUACCCAAUUUUUUCAUUUGGAGUAUCACUUGAAUUUCCGGUGACAAGUGGAAGCAUUUUAACUGAGUAUUUACAAUGUAUUUGUCAAUGGUAACUUAGACGUGCUUUAGAUGUCUUUUUUACACUCUUGAACUAUCGGUAUUUGGAUUUUUCAAGUUCAAGGUUUUUUAAAUGAUACCAAGGUGUAUGUUUGGUAAAAUUUGUUAAUUCUGGGUUAUUCAGUUUUUGUAAACAAUUGAACAGUAAGCAGAAAUUAGUGCUAGGUUUUUCCAUAUAUUAUACUUUCAAUUUGUUGAUUUUCACUUUUGAAGGCACACUUUUUCCAGAUAAAUUAAAUUUUAUCAUUAUGUUAUAAAGGUCUAUGAGUUCUUGUAAGAGUUUAUUUCCUCUUAUCUAAAUUGUAAACUAACUGUAAUCCUAACUGUUUGUACUGAGUUUUCAAAUGCUAAUUAUUUACAAGUGUAAGAUGAUCACUAACUCUGUAUAUAUAGAUUAAAAAUAUCUAGGAACUAAUAGUGCAAUUUUCUAUGUAAAUUUUGAUAGGGAUUAUAACAAAUAUCUAAGUAGUACAUACCACUAAUCAUUUAACCUAAUAUUCAUUUGAAGCAAAGUCCUUUAGGUUACGUAAAUAAUCAUGAUUUCGUUCUUUUGAAUAAAGUUUUGUGCGGUAAGACUUCAAACAAUCCACUUUAUAUUACCACUUUUGAGUGUGCAUGAGAAGUGACUUAUCAAAUCGUAUUUCAUCUUUGUUAUGAUACUCGACAUAUUUGUUAUUUGAAUAAAUUCUUAUAUGAUUACUUAUUGAAACUCUAUAUUCACGUAAUCAGUCCCACUUACUGAACAUUUAUUAUAAUUUUAUUUACAGUAACCUAUGGACUAAGCCUUUUUUGCAAAGUUGAUGGGUUGUUUAUAUGUAUUUAAACAGACCGAAAACUAAAAAAGGAACAUCAGAUCUCUCUACUUAGUAGCUCAUUCAUGUAGUACUUUCAAACUAGUCAACAAUCACGAGACUUACUGGUUAGUAUUUUUGAAUGAAAUGCAUACUCAGGAGUUCAGAACUUGGUAAAUAAUCUCCUAAUCUUCAUGGAUAUAUGACCUGGAUUUAUUUCUCCGUUUUGCUGGAACUAACUUCGAGAGGUACCUGGACGACAUAUGGGCGAUAUAUGCGCCUUAUAUUAUUCCAUUGCUGCUCCUUUCAAAGCAAGAACAAGAAAUAAAUAUCAUAGUGAAUUAAUUGAACAAUGCUUUUCUCGAGCUGUUCGGAACGGGUUAGUUACAUGUCGUUGGGCGAAAUCUUCAUCUCCUGGAAACAUGCACAUUAAUGGCCGGAGAUUCGGACUAACCGAAGAUCCUUUGGAGAGGGAAAUUGAAUCGUAUUUAGUGAAUUUACUUGGUGCUUCGAAAACAGCUCAUUUACUUGGUAAAGAGUUGGUGUCUACGCCAUAUCCUUUCCAAACUUCAGACAAUCAAACUUCCCCUUCAAAAUCUGCACAAGAUGUCUCUUCAUCUUCUCCGCUGCGAAGUCUGCCAUAUUCAGUUGCACGAGACAAUGAAUCAAGUUCUCCUACUAUACCUCUGUCUACCAAUACUUAUCAGACAAGUAGUUCUGAAGCAUCUUCACAGAUUGGCAGUGAAUCAGUUAGCCAAGGAAAAGUUAAUCGACAUACUCUUCCAAAUGGAGCGUAUUAUGAUCAUGAUGAAUUUAUGGCAUUUUUAACUAUGUCCAAUGAUCAAUUACUUCAUGAAAAAGAAACAGAUCUAGCUGAUUUAGAGCGAAUUAAAGAAGAACUAUGUGAAAAAAACGAAAUUACUGAAGCCCGUUCAAGAUCUGUCCUUUAUAAAAUGGAAUUGCUUAAACCAGUUGAAGGGUUUCCUCAAAUAUCUUAUCGAUGGACAAAAACAGAACUAGCUUUUGUGCUAACAGCUAUGAAAAAAUAUGGUCAAGACUUUUCCACAAUUGCCAGAACCGUUGGAACUAAAUCAGAAAGUUUCAUACGUGAUUUCUACAAUACAUUUCACGACCGUUUCACAUUGGACAGCAUAAUAAAACCAUGCGCGAAAGCAAAUGACAAGCUCACUGAACCUUCAACCAUAGACCGAAAGCCCAUGUACCAAGAACCCUUGGUUGUUGUCACACAAGAUUUGCCUAAAAAAUUAACGGAUGAAACACCAACCAUACCUGUUGAUGGAAAGAAUGAGCAAGAUUCUGUACAAAUACCUGGAGUACGAGACAUUAAACACCACAAUUUGAAAACUGAGUCUGAUGAACUAGAUCGCUCAACAUCGCAAACACUUGAUAAACAUGGAAAAAAGGAAAGUAGCGGCAUACGGCUGUCAUCACGACGGCGUACAGCAUCUAAAUUUGUUACCCCUGAGGUCCUAUCACACAACCGUCAAAACGAAUCACCGCCAAGCUCCCCACCACAAGCCGUCAGCAGAGGCAGGGGAAGAGGACGAGCCAAACGCUUAAGACGCAGCUAGUUUCCAUCGAACUUGAAUAUUUCUUGAUGCAAAUUCUUUUUUCUUCAUGACUUGCCGAAUGUUUUUAACACUUAUAACCGCGUUUACAUGGAAGGUUGAAAACAGCGAACAGUAUUUGUGGUGUCCAUUCUGAUACCUUAUUUACAAAUGUAGUCGAUGUUUCUUUUAUUUUGUCACAUACACGGGCCUCAAUAUUUCUUAAAUGAGUACUUUGAUGUAGCAAUAUCUAAAUAUGUUAUUAAUAAUCAUGUUUUUACUUACACUGGACCAACACUUCAUAUUGAGAUAGUAAACAUUACUACUCGUUACAAGUCCCGAGACUGCUUGAUAUGGAUGCGUAUAUCUAGAUUUCCUAUAGAAAACUUUUAAGAUAACAUUCCUACUAGAUUUAGAGUAUCAUGCGCCCCUUUAUCUGCAAAACGAUUUGCAACAGGACCGGUACAGUAGAGCUCUGAAUGCUGAUGUGAGGUUUUAAAUGUUUACACUUGAUCUUAAAAUAUUAUACGCAUACUUUUCUCUCUGUCUAAAUGCAAGUUAUUGCUCCAGGACUGGUCUGCGUCAACACCUGAAGGAUAAGGAGUGAAGUAGUCGAACGCGCUGACAACUCCACCUAUCUUGGAGGUCUGAUCAGCCAUAGUGGUUUGGUGUCUGACGAAAUCUCUGCACGGAUUCGAAAAGCUCACCUGGCUUUUGCCAACUUACGUCACAUAUAGAGAAGGCGAGAUAUCCGUCUAUCAAUUAAAGGACGAGUAAACUGCGUGGCAGUCCGUCCUGUUUUAAUUUACGGCAACCAAACAUGGCCAUUAAGAGUAGGAGAUAACCGCAAGCUACUAGUAGUUGACCACAGAUGCCUAAGGAAUAUUGCUCGCAUCUGCCGGGAUCACCGGGUAAUAGUGAGAUUAGAUGCAGGGUAUAAGGGAAUGAUGGUAAAUCAGUUGAUGAGGUCUUGAAUCUUCAUCGACUGAGAUGGU